AUGGUAUGUGGUAAAGAUGGUAAAGAAGACAAAGACCAUCUUCUCUAUACGAAAAAGUUUUUAGAAGUGAAAAAACUUUUACUUUUGGGAACUGGCGAGUCUGGAAAAACUACGAUCAUCAAACAGAUGAAAAUUUUACAUAUUAAUGGUUACUCAGAUAAUGAAAGAAAAGAAAAAAUCCCAUACAUCAAACAAAAUAUUCAUGAAUCUAUCUAUGACAUCAUCACUAAUAUGAAUAAAAUUAAUCCUCCUGUCAAAGUCAAAAACGAGGAAACUAUAAAUUCGAUCGAUUUCAUCGUGAAAAUAGGCCAAGAAGGACCAAAUGAAUUUACUCCGGAAUACUUUAAUCACGUAAAAAAAGCUUGGGCAGAUGAAGGUGUCAAAGAAACGUUUAAUAGAUCCAAUGAGUAUCAACUUAUUGAUAGUGCAGAACAUUUCUUAAACCAAAUCGAUGUCAUCCAAACAUCGGGUUUCAUUCCAACGAAUCAAGACAUUCUAUUCUGUCGAAUCAAAACAAUCUCGAUUAGCAAAAUAGACUUCGAAAUACCGAUUCCGAAAAAAUACGGAGGCGGCAUGGCUGAAUUCUGGAUGUUCGAUGUAGGCGGGCAACGUGGCGAAAGAAAAAAAUGGAUAAAAGUGUUCGCCGGCAUUCAGGCUAUUCUAUUUUUAAUAGCGUCCAGCGAUUUUGAUUUGAAAUUAAGAGAAGACGAAAGCGUUAAUAGACUUCAGGAGUCUUUUAAUUUGUUUCAAGAUAUCUAUUCAAAUGUGUAUGUUAAAGAUGCCGCAAUGAUUGUUUUUCUGAAUAAGCAAGACAUACUUCAAAGGAAGAUCGAACAAGGAAGAAAAAUAGAGAAAUACUUUCCGGAAUAUUCGAAUUUUACACCUUCGGGAAGAGAAGAAUGCAAUACAGAGUAUGAAAAAGUUAGAUUGUUUAUGAAAAACAAGAUUUUAGGAAUUGCAAGAAUGCCUGUAUUCGUAGAAAAUAUGGGAAUGAGACCAGGUAAAAAUAUCACCGAACAGCUAAAACCGAGGGAUGUAUAUAUCCACAAUACCAUAGCAACAGAUACGAAAAAUAUCAGAAAAGUUUUCGAUUCUGUUCACGAGAGCAUCCUUCAAAAAAUCGUCAAAGACACUGGUAUUUUGUAA